AUGUCAAGAGCUCACAGUGACCUCAGUCCAGCUCCUCUGGUUCAAGUUUCAGAAGAGCUGUCCUCUGAUAAGGAGCGGAUGCACACAAUCAUUGAACCAUGCCUUGCAGGAGCCAGUGUCUCAGGUGCUACUGAGCCCGUCUUUAAACACAAGGACAACAGGAUGAAGUCAAGAGGCUGUGUGUAUCAAUGUGUAGGGUUUUGCCUGUCAUUUGUCGGUUGGAUGUGCUCUUUUGCAACCACAGUACUGCGUGAGUGGAUGACCAUGAACGCUGACUUAAUAUUGACUGAGCAGUUCUCCAUUGGAAUCUGGGAGACAUGUGUUGCCCAGGAUGAAGGGGCAGUCCAAUGCAAGGCGUACGAUAGUCUUUUAAGUCUGCCAGAGGACAUUCAGCUGGCUCGAAGCUUCAUGUGCACGUCCAUUGCCUUCGGCUUGCUGAGCUUGGUGCUCUCCCUGUCUGGAUCGACAUCCGUCACCUGCUGUGGUGAUGACAAUGCCAAAAAGGGGAGGUUAAUGAUCAGUGGUGGAGUGCUCUCUAUUCUGGCUGGAGCUACGACCCUCAUUCCGGUGUCCUAUAUAGCCCACUUGACGGUGGUGAAGUUCUGGGCUGCUGAUGUUCCCGAAUUUGUCCCACGUUGGGAGUUUGGUCAGGCUUUGUUUGUUGGUUGGGCUGGUGGCUUCCUUCUGUUGUCUGGUGGUGUUCUGCUCAUCAUUGGCCAGUGCUGCUUCAGAAAACCCAAGAGCAACAUUGAGCUGAAGCCGCCACUUAACACCGUGAGGAAACAACUGUGGUAUAAAGUGGAGUAUGUUUAA